AGAGAGAUGAAAUGGGUGAUCUGUAUGGACGGGGCAAUGGGUUUAGUUCUGAGUUUUUGAAUUCUGCUUCAAAACUCUUGCAGGAUGUACAGUAUGAAUCUAUUGAAUCAUUGUGCCAUUUGAAGCAUUUUGUAUCGAGAAGGGAGUCCCCAUGGAAGGUGGAUGGUGAGUCAACAGGUGUCUCCUCUAAACUAGAGUUACUUGAGCAUGAACUGAUGAAUUUGGAAAGAAUUGGUAAAGGUGAUCAAUCAAAGGUACCACCAUCAGAGGUGAGAAAAAAAGCAAAGAGAUAUCAAGCUCUUUCACGGAAGAUUGAUGAUCUAUGCAAAAGAGUGCAAACAAGUGAUCCACGUGAACCCACACUGAGCUCGGAGUUUCGAGCACAAAGGCAAACAGAGUUUUUGCUUGAAGCAUUUCGUCUCCAGCAGCAUGCAUCUGAAACUGGACAAAAGCUGAUGGCAUUGAAAACUGAGACGGGAAAGAGCGAUUUUGGGGAUGAGCUUGAAGGUCACACCAAACUGACUACACAGCGGUGCUUGGACUCAAUUAAAAACAACUUCAAAGAAAUCCAGAGGAACUUGGAGAUAUGGUUGGCUAGAAUCAUUGGAGAUCUUCAAGGGAUUCAAGCUAGAGAUGGCGCCUCUCGAGUAAGGGAAUAUUAUAUAUCCAGAUAUCCUUCUGUUCAAUAGAGAAAUCAUGACUCAACUAUGAAUCCUGAUCUAGCAAAUAUAUGUAUUCCUUUUUUAGUGAAUUACUAACACAACUGGAGCUUAGAAGGGAAAAAAAAAAAUGUUGUAGAAUAGAGACAUCAAUGAAGAACUCGUGUAAAUG